AUGGGCCCUUCUAGUUGUGCUUUCUUGCUGUUCCUUUUGCUGGGACUGCUCGUAUGCGGGCGGCCUGUGUUCUCCAGUCUCAUUGAAGGUGGUCAGGAUGCUGCUGAGGGGCGCUGGCCCUGGCAAGUCAGCCUGCGCUGGGUGAGCACCCACAUCUGUGGAGGCUCCCUCAUCAGUGAGAGCUGGAUACUGACAGCAGCACACUGCAUCAGAACGAACUGGAAUAUUUUUCCGUAUAGUGUUUUGCUGGGAUCUGUUAAAACAGGUUACCCAAGUAAAGGUGUAGAACACUACGUGUCCAAGAUCAUCAUCCAUCCCAAGUACCAAAAUGGAACUGCAGACAUUGCCUUGUUGAAACUGUCUUCUCCAGUCACCUUCACUUCUUCCAUCAUGCCCAUCUGCUUACCCACUAUGGCAAAGCAGCUGGAAAUUCCAUCUUAUUGUUGGGUGACCGGAUGGGGAAAAGUUAAGGCAGGUGCAGAUGGCAGUUACCCUUCCCACCUCCAGGAGGCAGAACUGCAAGUCUUCAACCAGCAGGCCUGUGAACAACUUUACAACCCAGUGGGUGUCUUCUUCCCAGAAACAGAGCCAGUCAUCAAGGAAGACAUGAUCUGUGCUGGUGAUAUUAAGGAAAUGAAGACUACUUGCAAGGGUGAUUCUGGAGGGCCUCUGGCGUGUGAUAUUGAUGGUGUCUGGACCCAGAUAGGAGUGGUAAGCUGGGGAUUGGACUGCCCUUCACCUCUUCCAGCAGUCUACACCAACGUGAUAUACCACCAAAACUGGAUUAAGGCUACCAUCUCAGGAAACAAGGCCUUGUGUGGCAACCAUCUGGACUUACCUAACUUCUUAGUCCUUAUUAUUCUACUCUAUUUUGCUUUUCUGGGACCCUCCUGUGCCUUUGGGCCUAACACAAUACCAGGAAAAUAG